UUCAGUCGUGUAAACUGAAUUCAGUCGUGUAAACUGAAUUCAGAAGGAAAGAUCGAGGAUAGAGGAAGAGGAAGCGAGCAGUGCUCCAGCUUGUGGACAUCAUCAUGGGGUCGACUGGUGUGCGCAUCCCGCUCGCGGUGUGCACGGACGACGCGCAGCAUGCCGUGUCUGCAACGUUUGCCACACGAGACAGACAACACGUGGUCACAGGCACAAGGACAGGCCAAGUGUGCUUCUGGUCUCUGAAGGAAGACAAGAUCACGCCGGUGACCCUGUCUCUCGUCAGCAAUGCAGAGGUCACGUGCAUCACAGAGUGCUGGCGCGACUACCACAAGGAUCUUCCCAGCAGAGCACGGGACACCGCUGUCCUUUGCGGGUUUGCAGACGGCGCAAUUGCCAUCAUGGAUCCCUGCGACGGGCGCCUUGUCCACUUCCACAAACACGUCGUGCCGGGCCGCAUCCGCUCCAUCGAGGUGUUUGGUCACGACCAUUUUGCUGCCAUUGCGGGCGACUUUGCAGACAUUGUCAUUGUGCAUCUGACAACCAUGAAGACGCACCACCUUCUUCGUGGAUACAUUUCCGCUGAUUGGCACGUGUCGCUUGACACUCUGACAUACAAGACACCGUCAGGGGAGGAAAGCACGGGGCUUGUUGCUGCGAGCGCGUCGGCGCACGUCAGCAUCUUCCCGCUCAACUGGCAGCAGAUGACGACCGACACCAAAGGCCUUCCACUCCACUCCGUCCGCUCGCAAUUUCCGAAAGUGUGCGGCGUGGCCUGGGCCCCGCGCUGCCAGCACAUCAUCGCUGUGGCCGGCAGAGCAAGCUGCGAGCUGCUGCAUGUAAAGACGCUGGCGUGUGUUGGGGUGUUCCCUUUUGAUUUUUCGUCACCAACGGGCUGCGCAUUUGCGUCAUUUGUGGACACGUCAUCGCUUCUCGCUUUCUCCCAUGCCGGUGAGAUCAAGUGCUUUGAUGUUGCGCAAUUUGUGGACGGCAAAAAUCCCAACGAGCCAUGCAAGGUCUGCCCACCGGAGAACCACCAGGACCAGAGGCCAAACAUUGAGCCCGUGGCGCUGGCACUGACGUCAACGCUGCAGCUGCAAAAUAUUGAGGAGGGUCCUGUGUGCUUUUCUGCGAAUCGCAUUCGAUCUGACUCUGACAUUCCGCUGAUCACGGCCGCGUCAGCAGGCGGUCAUGUCCAUGGCGUGACGAAAGUCGGCCCAAAUCUCAAGGCGAAACUGCAUGCAUCGUUCGCAAACGCAUGGACCCAGAAACAACUGGACCAGCUGCCGUUUCUCGAUGCAGACGACAAGAUUGCCACACUGCUCACGCUCAAGAAUGAGCAGAGCAGUCUGAACUCCGUGCAUGUGUUUGGGCUGAUGUCGGGCGAUUUGGUUGUGUGCGACACGGCGCAUCUGCUCUGGAGUCUGUUUGACCGUCCGUCCAAGUACGCGUCGCUGUUCAACGACGCCCCAGCCUUGCGCCUGCACGCCCACCAGGGCCGUGUGCGCUGUUUGUUCCACUGCCGCGGGUCCCUCUCCAAUAUCUUCGUGUCGUCUGGAGCGGACUUUGAUCUGCACAUAUGGGACCGGCGCACCAUGAAGCGCAUCCACACGUUCAACCAGCAGUGCGGCGAGGUGACGCGGGUUGGGCAUCUGCACAUGGACCUGAGCCCCGUGUGGCGCCAGUGCAUCUUCACCGCCGCCACAGACCACUCCAUCGCCAUCUACAACCUCCUGCACAUGACGUGUGUUCUGCGCUUCGCCGGCCACGCAUUUCCCGUGCAGUCCAUCUACUGGCUGCCACCGGAGGAGAGCAUGGUAGUGUCGUGCACAAACGGCGCGGCGUACAUCUGGCAGCUGGAGACGGGCCAUCUCGAGGGCACGGCCUCUGGGCAGAUUGCAAAGAACAUCACCGCAUCUGCUGUGCCGUUGGACGCAAAGGCGCCCGCAGCUGUUAGCGGCGGCGUCUCUGUCGUCACGGGUCGACUCGACAGCGCCGGCAACGUGGUGCUGUUUAUUCAAGUCAACCUGGAGGAGACCGUCUCACGCCUGCACAAGCUCAACGACACAUUCUACCUGAGUUUGUUGGAUGCGGCUGUGGAGCGGCGGGAUGACAGGCUGCCGGCUCGAACACCGCUGUCACCGUCGCACCUGAGCCCGCACCGCCUGACACGCAAGCACACAAUGCACGACAACGACGAAGAUGGUGAUGAUGACAAUGACGAUGAUGGCGUGAGCGCCAACACAAGCGCCGUUGCCGGUGGUGGCGAGGACGGGGAGGACGUGUUUGGUGGCCCCGUGCAUCGCAACACCAGCAUCCGCCCAACAACAGACUUUGACGACCCGGAACACGACGAGGACCAUGAGGAGGAGGAGGAGGAGCACCACAACAGCGGCAGCGGUGGUGAUGGUCGUCGCCAUCAUCACAAGAGCGCGACGCGGGCGGCGCUGGGCGGUGCGUCCACAUCGUCACAACACCGGCGCAGACAGCCGGUGGGACGGCGCAUGUCGCACACAACCACGCCCUCACGGCUCCUGUCAGCGCCAGCACCACACCACCACCACCACCACCACCACCACCAGCAGCAGCAGCAGCAGCAGCACGGAUCGCCCGCGGGGUCACUCACGUCGUCUCCGCAGUCGUCGUCAACACCAAAGCCGCGGCGCCAGCGCCAGACGUCGUUUGUGGAGGAUGCGGAGGACGAGGGCCUGAAUGCACGCACAGAGCUCGCCAUUCUCGACUUUGUGCUCUCGCUGCUGCUGCGCUGGGAGGACUCGACGUUUGAUCUGAGCAAAGUGCACCUCGUUGGUCCAUGCAAGCACGUGGCGUGCGGUGUCUCUGGGUCUCACGCCAAACCGACGUUCCUGCUGCCGAACCAGCCCAAGGAGCGGCGGUGGCAGCUCACGCCGUACUUUGUCACCAUGCACAGCUUUGCCGUCUACGUUCUCCUCAACGCCGUCUCGGAGAUUGAGUGCCAGGGGGAGAACCAGGCGCUGUGGCUGAGCAUUGUGCCGCACUUCCUCGAUGAUCUUCAUCGCGAUGUUGCGCACACGGCGCCGAGUGACAUCCGCUUGCUAGCACGGUUCUGGCAGCAUCGCUGCGAGGAGUUUGCCGAGGGAGCGCGUGCUCUCAUUCGCAGCGGCGUCUCCCGCCUGAGCGACACAGACCGCCGCGGACUGCUGCACCAGCUGGAGGCGGACACCCCGCAGACCCUGGACCACAUCUCAACUGCAGACGUUGAAACGCUGAUUCUGGAGACGAUUCUGAUGGAUCUUGACCUGGCGACAUUCAAGAACACCGAGCAGCUGGUGGCGCUGCUGGAGCGCAUCAUCAUGGCGCCAACCAUCAGCACUAGCGUCCGCGUGCUGGCGAUCACGGCGGUGACAGCUGGGUGUCAGACGAUGCACGUGUCGCAUGGCAAGCGCUUGCAGUCCAUGCUAGUCACCAUCAUUCGUCUGGCCAGCGGGCACGACACCACGCUGAGCGCAGCGUGCCUGCAUGCACUGAGUGUUGUCGUCACCAAGUCCCCUCGCGCGUUUAUCCAUGCGCUCACGUUCUUUGUGGAGCGGGACGACGCCAACUACUCCGAGGGCAUGCUCGCGUUGCUGCGGAAGUUGGUGCUGCGUCACCCGUCGUCGCUGCUGGAUCAGCUCGAGACAAUCGUGGACACUGUCAUGCGCACGCUUGAUCCAAACAAGACCGCCCGCACCAAAUGCGCAAAGCUCGCCAAGCGUGUGCUGUCUGACAUCUGCCGCACAUAUCCCAUGAUUGCGCGCGUGCCGUCAACGUCGUCCGCCACAGCACGCCUCGCUGUGGGCGCUCAGGAUGGCAAGCUCACCAUCUUCGACCUCAAGACUGCAACAGUGUGGAAGGUUGUGCAAGCGCAUUCAGCGCCCAUCUCGGCCACAGCCUUCGACCCCACGUGCAAAUACCUCAUCACCUUCUCUCUCGUGGAGAAGCACUGGCGCGUGUGGCAGUUGACCAAUACCUUGUUUGGAGUGUUGGGCGCCUCGUGCAAGAAGGUGAAGGAGGGCGACUUCUCUUCUGACAAGCUGAACAACAUUACACAGCGCGACGUGUUAGCGUUGCACAUGGAGUGGCGCGACCUGCAUCGCAUUCAAAUGCGCACAAAAGCAGGCAGGAUUUCCUUCCUCAUUGAUCAAAAGGCGUCGUAGACACACACACACACACACACACACACACACAC